AUGAUUCAAGAAGGAAUCAAAGCAGCCCAGAAUAGGCAGAAGAGCUAUGCCGAUAACCGACGGAGGAAUAUGGAGUUUACAGUAAGAGAUUGGGUAAUUGAAAAAGUUGGCCCCGUAGCUUACAUAUUGGAUUUGCCAGCAGAGAUGAAGGGAAUACAUAAUGUGUUUCAUGUGUCAACCUUAAAGAAAAGUUUUGGAGAAAGACGGCUAGUGGUAAUGAAGCCUGGUGAGAUAUCGCUUCAACCCAACUUGUCUUAUAAAGAAUGGCCAGUGCAGAUUGUGGAUCACAAGGAACAAGAGUUGAGGAAUCGGAAGAUACCUAUUGUGAAAGUACUCUAG